AGGAUAUGGUGGAUAUGGAGGGUAUGGAGGGUAUGGUGGGUACGGUAGAGGCUAUGGAGGUUACGGAGGUGGAUAUGGUGGCGGUUAUGGAGGAUAUGGUGGCUAUGGAUUUGGCCGUUAAAAGACUGGACAUAGACUACAGAUAUAUUACAAAAAAAUUAUAUAAAAGGGCACAAUUA